ACGCGCUGCCAGGAUGGCGACGGCCCGCUCUGCACACUUUGAGCUUCAAAACCGAGGAGCCUAUGGGUGACGUCACGGACACUACGUCCAUAUUUUUUUUACAGUCUAUGGUCGCCAUUUGAUUUUUUGAUGCGGAAGCAUUUCAUAGACUCUGCGUGUUUUUCUAUUGAAAAGUGGUGAAAAUGAAGGUUGUUUUCAUUUUUAUUUUUGUGUGUUCAUUUUUACUCGACCAAGGUGUGUCUGAUGCUGGUUCAGAUCGAGUGCAAAUACUGGUGAAGGAGGGAGAUCCAGUCACUCUACACACUGGUGUUGAAGUUAACCAACAAGACAGAGCGACAUGGUAUUUUAAUGAUGUUCGCAUUGCUUACAUCGAUGGAGAUAUGAAGAUCUGUACAGAUGAUGAGUGUCCUGAGGGAUUCAGAGACAGACUGAAGCUGGAUCAUCAGACUGGAUCUCUGACCAUCAUCAACACCAGAAACACAGACUCUGGAGAAUAUAAACUACUGAUCAGAAGCAGUGAAAAGAUCUUCAGCGUUACUGUCACUGAUGUUUCAGGUUCAGGUCUGUCUUCAGGUGGUGUAGCAGGAAUUGUUGUUGGUGUUCUGCUGCUGCUGGCUGUUGUUGUUGUUGUUGGUGUGAUGAUCUUUCACCGCAGGAGCUCCAACGAUGUGCCAGAACUAGAGUCUAUGGAUAAGACACCGAAUGAAAGAAGGCUCAUGACCGGAGAGGAUCACAACAGCUUGGGCAAAAAACAAGCUCCUCGUAAAAUGCGUAAAUUGAGCUGAAACAUUACUAAUAUUAACUGUGUGAUGCUCAGAGUCAUAGUCUUUCUUGUUCUUCAUUUCUAAUUUUAUCAUUUGUGAUGCUAUCUAGGAAAAACCCAACCCGAGUUGGCUGAUUAUGAUUUUCCUGAAUGUAAUUUUGGGUUUCACUUUCACUUCUACUUAACGAUCGUCUGUCAGGAGCGAUAUACUGCAUCAUUACACAAACAGACUAACAUAUCCCUGAAGAGGACACUUUUCGGUUGUUUAUCAUGAUGAACAUAGUCUCUGAACUUCUGAUCAGCUCUUGUAUGUUUAGAUACACAACAGUUAAUAGUGUAGACUACAUUGUAGUUAGAAAAGUGAGCACAUGUUCAUAUUUCAGACUGUCAUCAGACUCCUCAUCUUUAGUAACAUCAUCAUCUGAUCCUUCAUCUCUGGAUGUGAAAUAGUCCAUUCUAAAAAAAUACUAAGACACCACGAUUAAGCCGACAGAAUGGAACAAGAUCAUCUAAAAAGUGAGCAGCUUCAGACUGCGUUGUUCUCUUGCUCUCUGUCAUCUCAUGAUAUUAAUAAACAAACAAAUAAAUAAAACUUUGCGUGCCUUAGUUUAACCCCUUACUAGUAACCCCCCUUUUUUGGCAUGGAGACCGAAAUUACAUACCCAAAAUAAAAAGGUUUCUGCUCAUGAUUCUUUCUGACUAGAUACAUAAUCAACCUUUGUUCACAAAGCUGACACUUUAAAGUUUACUGUUCAGGAAUCAGAAUCACUCAGACUGUUAUGAUAAUAGAGAUAUAUAAGCUCAAACAUAAAAACAAAAAUAAAAAUAUAAAAAACAUAUGUUUUAAAUGUAUUUAAAAAAAUGUUGAUGUAGGAAAUGAGUUUGAAAACACAGUGUAGCUAAGGCCACAAGUCUUCCAAACCUUCAUAAAAAAAUUUCAUAAUCGAAUCUGUAAAACGGUGGAUUUUAUGAAAUAUUUUCUAAGGCCAUGUCAUGUGUGUUUUUAGAGCAGGCUAAUCAGAUUGAUUUAUGGCCCUUGUCAUCUCUGUGAGAUCUCACAUGUAAACUCUCCUGUGUAUUUUGUGUUUGUUUGGCUGUGAAAACUGCCCGAUUAAUCCCUAUCUGUUAUUCCAUUGUUCUCACCAAACGAGUCUUUCACACCUCCGCCAGGUAUGACACAUUAUCCGCAUUAUUCUUUUAUCAUUAUUCUUUUGUUUUUAUUCCACCUUUAUUAGCCUUGAUUGUGGUUUUUCAGGCUUUACAAAGCAACAAAGCAGCGAUCUCACUUCAGUCUCUGUUUGCAUGUAGCCCUUAUUUAUCAAAAGUCUUACUAUAAAAAUACAACAAAACAUUUUCUUACGACCUUACGUGAAUUAUUGAGACAAAAAUGCAUCAUGAAGAAGAAAAGCACCUGCUAUUAGUAGCAUUGGUGCUAACGUUAGCAUCAAGCUACAUCUGACAAUUUAUGAAAUUAUUAGUACACUUUUACUAAAAACUCACUUUAAACCCCGAUCGAGUGUUUAUAAUAACUUCCUUUAGCGAUCAGGGGUGGAAUUUGGUCGUUUACUGUUGUAAAAAUAUGUUAUUUGUAGCCUUUUUCAUCGCUGCACAAGUUAGCAUUUCCGAUGUACAUUUUCGAUUUUUUUUAUAAAAACGCCCCAGAUCUCAAGAAAUUCUCAUACCAAGCUUUACUAUCGUAAUCGCGGGUUUAUUGUUCGGAUAUUUUGUGUGUACAGAGGUGUUUCAGUGUUGUUUUGGCCAGAUAACUACCAGGAAGUGUGCAGGAAGCAUGUGACACGAUGGGGCGGUUUCCAGAUAUUACACUCUGCCGCGUUUCCACCGAAAUUACCCGGAACAUUUUUACCAGGAACUUUUUUCCCCCCAGACCUGUUGCUUUCUGCGUUUCCACCACGGUGUAAAGUACCGGGUAGAUUAGGCAAAUGACUGGUGACGUAGGUCUGCGCGCGUUUCUCAAUACAAAGUACCUCUGAUUAAAAAAAAAAAAAAAAAAAGUACGCUGAUUUUGGACGUGCAUCCUCGGUAGUUAGUUCAGACUUUGUGCAUUCGACUGGGGAGUGUGAUGUCUGCAACUACGCAAGUCCGGUACAUCUAUAAACAGCAGCGUAACUAUAUACUAUAUAUAUAUAUAUAUAUAUAUAUAUAUAUAUAUAUAUAUAUAUGAUACUUGAUAACUUCAGUCAGCUCGUCUUGGCUACUGCAAUUUUCCUUACUGUAUAUUUACAAUAAAACGAAAUAUGAUAUCAAAUACCACUGCCUCCUUUCGUUUUCAUUUAAGCAUAAUAACAACUGCAGAAAUGUACUUAGGUCAGGGAAAUGUGUAUAUGCAGCCAUUACAAUGAAAUAAAUAUUAUAUAGACUUGCCUUUUUUAUUUUCAUUUUAACAUAUAGAUAAAUUGAAUACAGACCAAAGAAAACCUGUUAGAUUUACCCCGCAGCUGAAUUAUAUGUUAUGUUUAACCACUAAAGACACAUCAGAGCCAGCGGCACAUAUCAGAAGGUCUAUCCCAGGAGAGGCUGCUCUCGGCGGAUACAUGAGGACUGAGCUCCCGCUGAUUGAGUGGAGCUCACCGUCUACGAGAUCGGCGAAACACAUUUUUAAAUAGGCGCUGUCUUUAUAAAUAAACAACAUAUUUGAGUUUCAAACAACUACAUUCUCGCCUGAAAUACUUUUAAAAUUACAUUUCAUGACACAAUAACAGUAAUAUUUGAAAAUUAUCCGAAUAAAUGGUGUUUGAACUCAACCAAUGCUGCGUGAACUCAGAUCGCUUUGGCUACUGCAAUUUUCCCCUCAGUAUAUUUACAAUAAAACGAAAUAGGAUAUAAAAUACCACUGCCUCCUUUCAUUUUCAUUUAAACAUAAUAACAGCUGCAGAAAUGUACUUAGUUCAGGGAUAAGUGUAACGUACAGUCAUUACAAUGAAAUAAAUAUUAUAUAGACUUGCCUUUUUAUUUUCAUUUUUACAUAUAGAUAAAUAAAUUGAAUACAGACCAAAGAAAACCUGUUAGAUUUACCCCGCAGCUGAAUUAUAUGUUAUGUUUAACCACUAAAGACACAUCAGAGCCAGCGGCGCAUAUCAGAAGGUCUAGCCGAUUUGAGGCUGCUCUCUGCGGAUACAUGAGGACUGAGCUCCCGCUGAUCGAGUGGAGCUCACCGUCUACGAGAUCGGUGAAACACAUUUUUAAAUAGGCGCUGUCUUUAUAAAUAAACAGAUUUGAGUUUCAAACAACUACAUUCUCGCCUGAAAUACUUUUAAAAUUACAUUUCAUGACACAAUAACAGUAAUAUUUUGAAAAUGUUGAUCCGAAUAAAUGGUGGUUGAACUCAACCAAUGCUGCGUGAACUCAACCAAUCAGCAUGUUUAGCGCCAAAGUCCCGCCCCCGAAAGUUCCGGAACUUUAAAAAAGUACCACCUCGCCAGCAGGGACUUUCUGGGGGGCAUUUUUUUACCCGGAACUUUUAUUUAGUUCCUGGUUCCUGCGGUGGAAACACACCAAGUACCGGACCAAGUCCCUAGUUCCUGAGUAAAGUUCCUGCGGUGGAAACGCGGCUUCAGAUUGACUUUUGGGAAGGCCCAAUCAGAGUCUGAGCCACACAGCACGAGCUGCCGGCACAGCAAACACAUACACAGAUCGCUGGGAGAGGCUGUUUAUCAUCUGAUCGCGUAAAUCCGUGGAAAAUGAAUAUAAAUGACGAUUCUGUCUGAAGAAAUAUGAAGUAAACAUCAGUAAAUAUAUCCAUAUAUCUCCGCAGAUAUGCAUCUUUGGUCUAUAAAUCCUUAUUGACGCUGUUCAGUGAGUCUAUGUGAACACAAAUAAACCGCUUUUGACGUGA